AUGAUAAAGGCGUUUUUGCAGAUAAAGAAUGAAUCACUAGGCAAAUUUUUGCGUCAAUGUUUAAUUGAAAUAUUUCGAGCAUUUCGAUUGGACAAAAAGCAGAAAAAGACAGAUGUUCUUGAUUUCCUGUAUUCAUUGAUUGACAAAAAUCAUGAAAAUGAGUUUUUUAAAGCCAUGGAAUUUGAUCUUGAAAAUAGAUUGGAUGAAAAUAAUAACAGUCCAUUUGCACCUUUAAAAUUCCCGGCUUUUUAUUAUUGUUGGAUUUUAAGUAAGUUUGGGGCAGAUGCUCAAAUUACGAAUUGGUGUUUUAACGAUAUCUUGGAAAAAAGAGUUAAUGCUGAUGUUUUCAUUCAACAACGUCAUCAACAAAAUUAUGUUUUAAGUGAACAACUUGAAAAUAAUUUCAAAGAAAUAUGCGAUGCAUUUAAGAGCUAUUCCAAUACUGUAAACUUCUUUAAACCUUCGCACUUGAAGAUUAUGAAACAGGCUACUCAUGCUGAUAUAAUUGAUGAAUUGAAACACUAUUUAACCAAAUUAUUCAUGCAACUAUCACAAGAUUCUGUCGAACGGAAUGAUAACAUGGAUAAUGACAUUGCGUCAGCAUUUACUCAAAAACGAAAAUGGGAUGAUCUCGAGUUGAAUAAUUGGUAUGAUGAAAUAAGAAGACUACACGAUGACAUAGAUAGUUCUUUAAUGUCGGGUGAAUUCAGUGAAUUUUUAAAGAGUAUUUGGGAAAUAAUUAAUGGCUCGAAUUUUAUUUUAAGUCGUGAUGUGGGAAAAUAA